AUGGAGUCAAAGGCUUCGGUCUUUGGUCUCGAGGACCUCUACUUCGAAGGUAAAGCAAUCCGAAUACUAUGCAGUAUCCCUGAGAGCGAAGACCUAACACGGUCUUGGACAGAAGACGAGCCAUCCAGCUCAACGCAAACUGAAGACCAGACACCGCCCGAGUACACACCCCAAUACACACCUCAACGCCAAUGGCCAAUGCCCCUAAACAUCGUAGUCCAAGUCGUCGGCUCCCGAGGCGACGUCCAGCCCUUCCUCGCCCUCGCCCCCGCCCUCCAGAAAGCAGGCCACCGCGUCCGCAUCGCAACGCACCCCCAAUUCUCCUCCCUUGUCCUCGAAUCCAACACCUCCGUCCCAGCCUCCCCGAACAAGAUCGAGUUCUUCCCUGUCGGCGGCGACCCAGCCGACCUAAUGGCCUACAUGGUCGAGUCUCCGUCCCUGAUCCCCAAAAUGUCCCAGAUCCGCGCCGGCAUCAUCCAGCGGAAACGCGACAUGUACGUCGAGAUGCUCGACGGCUUCUGGCGUUCGUGUAUUCAACCGGACCCCCUAUCUAACGUGCCCUUUGUCGCCGACGCCAUUAUUGCCAACCCGCCGAGCUUCGCUCACGUGCACUGCGCCCAGGCGCUGGGGAUCCCGGUGCAUUUGAUGUUUACGAUGCCGUGGAGCAGCACCAAGACGUUUCCCCACCCGUUGGCGAAUAUUGGGUUUUCAAAGGCGGAUAAGAAGAGUACGAAUCAUGCUUCGUAUGCUGCUGUUGAGUUUUUGACGUGGCAGGGCCUGGGAGAUCUUGUCAACGCGUGGAGAGUCCAGUCGCUCGGCUUGGAACCAGUGCCGUCUACCGAGGGACAUCGUAUACUAGAAAGUCUGCAAGUCCCAUUUACAUACUGUUGGUCACCAUCUCUCGUGCCCAAGCCUAGCGACUGGGGUCCGCAUAUUGACAUCAGCGGCUUCUUCUUCCGCGAUCCUGCACCGUAUACACCACCUCCAGAUCUAGAAGCCUUCCUCGAGGCCGGUCCGCCACCCAUUUAUGUCGGGUUUGGUAGUAUUGUGGUCGGCGGAAUCGAGGGCCUCAUGACCAUGGUUCUCAGCGCAAUCAAGGCAACGGGAGUCAGAGCCAUCAUUUCGAGAGGCUGGAGCAAUUUGAACGGCGAGGAGUCGGAAAACGUCUUCUACGUGGGCGAUUGCCCGCACGAGUGGCUGUUCCAGCAAGUCGCCGCCGUCAUCCACCACGGCGGCGCCGGUACCACGGCCUGCGGACUGAGAUACGCAAAGCCUACAACUAUCGUUCCCUUCUUUGGAGACCAACCGUUUUGGGGUGCCGUCGUAGCAGAAGCCGGCGCAGGACCAGACCCCAUCCCCUACCGCUCCCUCACAUCCCAAAAGUUAAUCCAGUCCAUCCAGCUCUGCCUCUCCCCGGACGCCGUCCAAUCAGCCAGAAAGCUCGCAGAAUCAAUGCAGAGGGAGAACGGCGUCCAGGCCGCCGUCGACGUCUUCCACGCCAACCUGCCGCAGUCGAAAAUGGGCUGCGACUUUUUUUCCGACCAGCCCGCGGCGCUGGUGUACGGCAGAGGAAAGAAGCAGGUCAAGAUGUGUCGACCUGUCGCGUCCAUAUUGGUCAAGAAUGGGAAGUUGCAGCGGAAGCAGCUUAAGUCAUACCGGUCGAAACCGACAAACAUUGAAAACCAAAGAUGGGACCCCCUGACCGCAGUAUCGGCAGCCUCCCUCUCGACAAUCGUCAAAAUGGCAGGCGCCACGGUCGACAUAAUCGUGAAGCCUUUUGAACAGUAUAAACGCACCAGCGAAUCCGGCGAGAAUCUCGAAGACCAGCAAGUCGAGAACUCGCGGAGACACAACCAGGCACCCGCGUUCGCCAUGCUGCCUCUCCCCGGCGUCGGGGUCCCAGACGGGGCUGUGGCGGCGGCAGCAGCAGCAGCAGCGGGGGAGAAGACUUCCUCGGAUAUGACAGUGGCCAGGUCGCCGCCAUCCAGGGCGGCAGCGGCAGCGGCAGCGGCAGCGGCCAACGGCGUGGGAAAACUCGCGGGCAACGCGACAAAGGGCAUGCUCGUCGACAUCCCACUCGCCGUCACCGAAGGUCUCCGCGCGGUACCCAACCUCUACGGCGACACCGUACGCAAGCACGACGCCGUCGAGGGGUUCCGCAGCGGCGUCUCGGUGGCGGGCAAGACGUUCUGCCAGGACAUGAAGGGCGGGCUGACGGAUAUCUUCAUUCACACGUACACUGGCAAAAAAGAGCAGGGUGCGCUGGGCGCGGCAAAGGGGUUGGGCAAGGGCGUGGUGAGUCUUGUGACGAAGAGCACUGCCGCGACGUUUGGGUUGGUGAGUUAUCCGGCGCAGGGGAUUUAUAGGAGUAUUUGGGCUGCGUCGUAUGCGGAUACGAGGAGGAGUAUUGAGGAUGACAAGUUGCUUGAGGGGGACUGGAUGGUUUCCAUGAGCCCCGGGUGGAAGAUGGAUCACGCUGCUAUUGUGGAGGAUUUUGGGGGUAUGAGGGGGAUGAGAGGCCAGUGA